CAACAACAAGAGUGCCAUUCAACGACCGCGAAACACGUAGAAACACAAACUACAUUAAAUCUUGGAUUAAAGAAGUCUUUGGUGAGGGGGUUGAUCUUUCUGAUUGGAGACGUGAGAAGUGAUGUAAUGCUGUCAAUCGCUUUACGUGUUUACGCACCGCGCCACCAAGACUCCGCUUUGUAUUUCGCAUAUUUAAAGAAAUGUCAGGGUUAUUCCCGUUCAUCCGAUCUGUGUACAGUGUAUCCAGUCGGGUCGCAUGGAGAGGGUCUCCCAGUAUCUCUCCGCUUCUUAAACCGCACCGGGCUGGACUGACAUGUGUUUUUACUGCCGGCAAAAAGGACCUGAUUGACCUUCCUGAUCUGAAUGAGGACGAGCUUGAAGAGCAGUUUGUGAGAGGAUCUGGACCCGGGGGACAGGCCACCAACAAAACCAGCAACUGUGUUGUGCUCAAGCACAUCCCCACUGGGAUUGUAGUAAAGUGCCAUCAAACCAGAUCUGUGGAAAUAAAUCGAAAGCGUGCCCGGGGAAUUAUGAGAGAGAGACUUGAUGUUGCAUAUAAAGGAGAACUCAGUGAAGUUCUUCUAAAGAAGAAAGAGUCUGUCCUGAAAAAACAAGAGAAGAAGAAAAAGGCUCAUGAGAAUCUGGAGAGAAAAAGACUGUUUAAAGAAUCAGUGGGUUCAGACUCCAAACCUGGGGAUGACACUGUUUAAAAUGUGUGGAAUACAAAAAGACACGAGUACACAAGACAUCUUUGUGUUUUUUAUGCCUGCAAAGACUGAGUAACAAAAUCUGGAAAGAUACUACCAACUGUAUCAAAUCCAGUUAGCCUUUUAUUUGUAUGAUGUGUUUUGUGCAAAGUUGCAAUACACAUGACAAGACAGAGAGGGAGAUU